AUGUUCUUUCUAGUUGGUGCAAUAGGCACACUUCUGUCAACAUUCAUGGCGGCGGAUACUUUGUCACAGACAUUUGGAUUUCAUCAUGCCAAUAUGGGGAAAUUCAUGCUAUUCGUGUGGAUUUCUGCGGUUUUUAUGGCUCCCUGGAUGAGUAGUAUAGAGAUGCUGGGAUGUCUUCACUGUGUGGCUUUUGUCAGUGCCGCUGCACGAUUUGGAGAAGCAGGUCUUUCAUACGACUUUGUGAGGAUCCCACUUUUAACAUUUGUUCCAACUUUUGGAAUACUGAACAUUUUGUUGAACUACGCAUGGCCCACCGCUUGUGAGUGA